GACAUACAACGGUUAGGAGCAGACGACAGUUUCACGCGGGGAAUAGCAGAUACACGGUGCAUUAAUAAUUUCAUUGACUAACGUUACACAAGAUACGCGAGAGGUUGUUCGCCAUUUUGACACUUGAAUAAUUUAAAUGGGCUGGCUAGGCCCUCCCACCGCACUGAUCUCCAUUGGACCGGCAGUGGGCACGACCUCUUUCAGAUUAUAUGCCACUGAAAGUGUGCGCAGAAAUAUUAAAUUUAUAAUUGACAGAUGCAGUAAUGAUUGCCACUAGCCGCUUCUACCAAUAGGAGCAAGGAAGAUGGUGCGGUGUUAUGCCCCCAGAGCGAAGGGGCCUCGACCAAGCGACUGCCAUUGUCACUCAGAGAUAUACUUCUUGAACUUAUGUGACAUUAGACUCCUUAUAUGGAAAACUGCCAUAGAAACUCAACAGUUUUAAUACGAAUGUCAGAGUUCAAAACAUACGGAGCGCUACUCUAGGCCACCCACUCCCGGCGAUGUGGAAUCACUCCGCGCGAACCUCGUCACACCGACGUCUCACCAUCUCCUCUCUUUAGAAUACGUUUAUAUUUACGAUCCAACACAUGUUAAAGGUUGUGUGUGGACGACUCUGGUUAUUAUGAGGACGACCUAAUCAAAAGUGUUUCGGUAGUGUGUUGUUGGGAAACAGUAUUGGCCAUCUGGAGUCAACAUUGCAGAUGACAUCGGUUUUGCUAUAAAAGUUUUAUAUUUUUCCGCAUCUGGAGGAUAACCUUUGAUACACAGCACUAUACACUCGAACUCGUGCAUGUAAAUAUUUUUCUAUAUGAUGGCAUUAAACCCGACACCUCCAAAUGCUGUCAACACGUGGCCAAGAGACCCCGUGGAGGACAUUGGUGCAACCACCCCAACGGCAGUGGCACCACCAAGUGCCCCUCCCCCACAACCGACCCCCACGGCUGUCACCCCGACCCAGGGGCAACCGGCACCCACCACGGUCAUUGCUGCCCAGCCCACCACCAAUGGAACCCCUAACGGUGUAGGUUCACCCGACAAUAAACAACAAAUUAUAGAAUGUGUCGUGUGUGGGGACAAAAGUUCCGGGAAACACUACGGACAGUUUACAUGUGAAGGGUGCAAAAGUUUCUUCAAACGUUCCGUGAGACGAAAUUUAACAUACACGUGCCGUGGAAGUCGACAGUGUCCUAUUGACCAGCAUCAUCGAAAUCAGUGUCAAUACUGCCGACUCAAAAAAUGUCUUAAAAUGGGGAUGCGGAGAGAAGCUGUACAAAGAGGGCGAGUGCCACCAACGCAGCAUCCCUUCCCUGGGCAAGUUACCUGGGCAAAUGGGGACCCAUUAAAUGGCCACACAUACCUUUCUAGUUUUAUUUCCAUGUUACUUAGAGCCGAACCAUAUCCCACAUCACGUUAUGGACAAUGUAUGCAACCGAACAACAUUAUGGGCAUCGAAAAUAUAUGUGAACUAGCAGCAAGACUGUUGUUUAGCGCUGUGGAAUGGGCUAGGAAUAUUCCCUUUUUCCCGGAAUUGCAAAUCACAGACCAAGUUGCAUUGCUUCGACUGAGUUGGAGCGAGCUCUUUGUUUUGAAUGCGGCCCAGUGCUCGAUGCCACUCCAUGUGGCCCCUCUUCUAGCGGCGGCUGGUCUUCAUGCUAGCCCAAUGGCUGCUGAUCGCGUAGUAGCUUUCAUGGACCACAUUAGGAUAUUUCAGGAACAAGUCGAGAAACUGAAGACUCUUCACGUGGACUCUGCCGAAUACAGCUGUCUGAAAGCCAUUGUUUUAUUUAGCUCAGAUAGAAAACCUGAACCGGUUCCGUCCCAAAGGCCCACGGUGAACGGAUACAAUGCUUGUGGGCUUUCGGACGCUACUCACAUAGAAAACAUACAAGAGAAAUCUCAAUGCGCCCUGGAGGAGUAUGUACGGAGUCAAUAUCCCAAUCAGCCAACACGAUUUGGAAAGCUUCUUCUACGGCUGCCUUCCCUACGAACGGUCAGUGCGCAAGUCAUAGAACAGUUGUUCUUCGUCCGAUUGGUUGGUAAAACGCCCAUCGAGACACUCAUCAGAGACAUGCUAUUAAGCGGAGGGUCGUUUAACUGGCCCUAUAUGUCCAUCCAAUGACUAUAUGAAUAGUUAAAUUAUAGGGCACUGUUUAACGACUACUCACACCCAGUCUUUCCAAAACCUGAAUCCCUUUUCCUCUUUCAUUUUUCAACAGUUUGUACAAAAAGAAAAUCAUAAUAGUUUACAGUAUAUUGUUAGAAAAAGAUAUUUAAUAUAUUUUUGUUGACACUUGUGUAUUUUCUGUUUACAUGAUCGUGUACCAGUAUAUGAAAAAAUCGAAGAAGCAGGUUUUUUCUUUAUUCAUUAGCAAAAACAAACUUGUUUUCAGUUUUAAAAAAUUCUCAUUUAAAAGAUCGCGAUGCAUUUAAGAGAUUUUUCUUGAGUUUUGUUGACUUUAGGAACAUGGGUUGUGUCCCUUUGCUUAAAGCUUUGGUGUUAACAAAAUCAGUCGAACUUAAUAUACAGGUUCUAAAAUAUUUCCAAUGUGUCAAGGAGGCAGCUGAUUUAUUGACCAUUCAAAACGCGGCUAAAUUUUAUAUUAGUCUCGUUUUCACUGCUUUUCUGCUCUGAACUGUAUUGUAAGAACCCUUAGCAGCGCACAAGCGUUAGAAAAGGGAAACAAGGGCAGGGAAUCGGUGCUAAAGUCUCGUUGUGCAUUUGUUUUUUGCCCCUGAUAAUAUGAAAGUUUAAAAAGUAUUUGCGAUACCAAAAAAAAAGUCGUGAUAUAAUCAGGCUUAUCAAGGUUGAAAACCUUCUACUCUUACAUUUUUUGUGCAAAAUAUUUCUCUUGCCCCUCUUUAUAAAAAUACCGUGCCAUGUAUAGCCAUUAGCAGAAUGUACGAAGUAACAUUCCAGACAUAAUCAAAAAUCAUGUAGGUGGUGCGCAUGAUUUUCUAAGAUUAUAUAUAGCAAUACAUUUUUUUGUACAUGUAUACUUUACAGUUAAAAACUACGGCAUUUUUUUUUUGCUUGAUCUUGUUGAAAUAUACAUUGCAUGCAUUAUAAUCAAAAUAUGUUCCCUUUACUUUGCGACGUUGUUUCCGUUGCAUGGGAUUAAAACAACUGUUUGUUAUGUAUAUCCUUUCGUUCAGUCAACCAGACGAUGCUUUCUGUUUGAAAUCAACAAUAAAUAGUCAAGAAAUGCAGUUUGGCUGACUUGAAGUAAAAUACUUAAGUUACUUUUCAUUACUUCACCCAUUUGGUUAUAAACCGGUUUUCAUUUUUCAUGUAUACCAUUUUCAUACCCAGCUGAAAAUGUUCUCAUAUAACAUUCCACCAAAUAUAUUUAAAAAACAACACCAAAAACUUAUAGGUUCUUCAAAAGCUAGCCUUAGGUUGUGGACUGGUAUUUUGCCUGUUUUGGAAUUCAUUUUUAUUCAGCGUUAUAGACCAUUCAUUUCAGCUUCUCAUCCUUUUUUGUUCAUUAUUUGAUUAUCCCCCUUGCUUGAUGUCUUACGCAUGUAAAUAUCAUUUUUAAUUACCCGUCUCUAUAGUAAUCAUUUUCAAGAGGCUAUGCCAUUUCAUGUAUGUAUCAGAGGCCAAAGAAUAAACACAACACCCACGUGUAUAAAGCAAUCCUUAGUAUUACAUUCAGUUUUUGUUAUUGUUGUACAUCUCUUAAUUUGAUGCAACAUUUUUAUUUGUAUUUCAUAUGCUUUAUUAAACUUGUCUCGAUGAAAAUGGGGCUAUCGCCAGGUGUGCAAUCUACAAUAAAAAAAAACCCCGCUUGGUCGUUCGGCAAACUUCGGCAGAUUCCGGUACUCUACAUCUAACCUCGAAUGUAUUACGGAAAACAUCAUACAUCCGAGGUUAGACGGAAUCGGUCGAGGUGAUCCGAGUGCCCGCUUGAUCUUAAGAGAUCUAUAUUGGCUACAGGAAGCGGGGGAAGGGGAGGGGUGUAGUGCUUAGCUUCAAUUUUUUUGAGAUUUUCAAAUCAUGAUUCAAAUGCUAGGAGGCACUCAGUUUUAGAUGAAAUUAUAAACUGUUCUUUUAUGCUUGUUUGUAUUUUCUAGUCUGUUUUAAAACAAUGUAAAUUGCAUCCUGUGCCUCCAUUAAGGCAAAAUGUCUUCAUUCUGGGAAAGUUACAAAUUCUUUGAGGUUUUUAUUGGUAUAUUUUUGCUUAACAUGAAUGCAAUAUUUUUAAGUAAGUGUAAUCAUUGUAGAUUUUUUUUUCAAAAUGCCAAAGGAAAGCUUCCGCCAUAAUAUUUUGUUGCUUUUGUAUGAGAGCUGUUAAUUAUUCUGUGUCCUGUUUAAUUAUUAUCAUAUAUAACCAAAAAAAAAAAAAAACCUAUCACAAAUAUAUUAUGUUGAGUUGUGAGAGAAACAUGAGAUGUACAUUUAUCCUGUAAACGAGCUGUUAAUUUUUUAAAUUGUUGACAGAGUAUUUGUUCAAGAUAAACUCUUUCUUUGGUCAGGCGUUUGUAUUAAAACGAACUAAACAAAGUCUGAUCAUGAUAAGACUUCAAAUAUCCGGUUUGAUGAGAAACUGGCGCACGACCAUUGGAAGAGUUUCAUUAUGUGUGUUCUAAUUCCAGCGUAUGAUUUUUAUGACCGUACUAUUCUGUGUUGUGCUAAAAGGUGUCCAAGACACUUCAAUUCUGUCCAUGGCUUAUGAAAUAUUAAAGUGUUGUAAAACGACCGAA